GAACAGCUGUCAACAUACUUAAUUCGGUGCAGCUCCGUAAAGCAAAAGCUGUUCCUCAAGCCAGUGCCUGGGUUACUAACUAUGAUGGAUAUCACGAAGCUCUGUGCUCUUUACAAUGCCGUGCCCAAAAUGCUUCCAGUAGUUAUGUCAUGUUAGCGGUCUGGGAUUUGCAAGAAUCGGUGUUUUGCUGCAGUGCUCCAUCUCGUCGGAGCAGCUCCCUUAUUAACUGCCAGCGGAGAACAGACAAUAUCCAAGCUCCAUUCUUGCCUGCCCACUGCACGGAAACUCUCCAAUUUGUUCGGACAUCUUUCUGUUCAGACUGUCACUGCUCCCAGAGCGCAUGGAGCUAUGUAACAACCAGCUCGCAGCCGCUGCCAACAUCCAGCUAUUUGGCCGGUUCCGAGCUGUCAAAUGCAUCGACCGCAGAGACCGCUGGAAGGCAUAAAAAGUAAGAACACUUGCACAUUCAGUUGACUCUGGGCCAACGCAUAGAUGUCAAGUCAAAGGCCGCUUGAGCACCCUGCUGUUUGAAGAUUACUCGGGGUGGCUGGAUUUCAGAUGCGGACAUUGGGAAAGGGAAAGCUUGUAGCAAAGGGAUCAAAAGAUCUUUGUGAGAAGCUUCUUAGAGGUGAUCAGCAAGCAUUGUUUUGUCACUGAUUGCACAUUCCAGGCUGCUGAAACAGAUGCACAAAAUUGAAACAUAGCAAGGUGGUGGCCUGCAUCUUGAAAAUUACCAGGACAAUCGGAGGAUCUUGAUUGAUGAUGCUACUGAGGUUGCAAGGGGCCUCAUCAGUACGAACUACACAUCAGUUUGAAAUGAUGGCGAACUCAACAGAGCGAAAUGACUCUCUCCGCAACCUAACAGACUUCUUUGAUACCGGCAGAGGAAGCGCUUACAAAACAGUUGAAGUGGUUUUCAUUGUGAUUGUGGCUGGAUCUUUAAGCUUGGUGACCAUUAUUGGAAACAUUCUAGUCAUGGUUUCUAUCAAAGUAAACAGACAUUUACAAACUAUUAACAACUAUUUUAUUUUCAGUUUAGCCUGUGCUGAUUUGAUUAUUGGUGUAUUCUCUAUGAACCUAUACACCAUUUACAUUGUAAUUGGUUACUGGCCUAUGGGCCCAGUAGUGUGUGAUUUAUGGCUUGCUCUAGAUUAUGUUGUCAGUAAUGCUUCUGUCAUGAAUCUCCUUAUCAUCAGCUUUGACCGAUACUUCUGUGUGACAAAGCCCCUUAGUUACCCUGUGAAGCGAACAACUAAGAUGGCAGGUAUGAUGAUAGCAGCUGCUUGGGUGCUGUCAUUCAUCCUGUGGGCUCCUGCUAUUCUCUUCUGGCAGUUCAUCGUAGGGGGACGAAUGGUUAGUGAGGGUGAAUGUUAUGUACAGUUCUUCUCAAAUCCAGCUGUCACUUUUGGCACUGCUAUAGCUGCUUUUUAUCUUCCUGUUAUUAUAAUGACGAUUUUGUAUGUGCAUAUAUCUCGUGCCAGCAAGAGUCGAAUUAAGAAGGAUAAGAAGGAUACAAAAUCAAACAAGGGAACCGUUUCUCCCAGUCUGGUGAAAGGCAAAAUAUUGAAACCAAAUAAUAACAACAUAUCAAAUGCUGCUGAUGAGUUGCCGCAUUGCAAAGUGCAAAAUGGUAAAAUAAUUGGUGACACAACUGAUAAUUGUGGCCCAGGAGAGGAGAAGGAGCUCUCCAAUGAGUCAACUUCACUCAGUGUGGUCCCAUCAAACCAGAAGGAGGAAGUGAUGGUCCAAGAGAGCAGAAACAUCUCUAUGACCCAGAGCCGUUUCAGGAUGGACAACUCCAAACUCUCUUGCAUUAAGAUAGUCAGCAAUUCUCAAAAAAGUGAAUACUGUGGCACCACAGUAGAAAUAGUGCCAGGUAGCAGCAGCAAGAAUGGGAAUGACAGAGAGAUCAGAGCAGCCCAUAAGAUCAUUAAAAUGACCAAAACCCCUGCUAAGAAGAAGAAGGUGGCUGUAACCCGAGAGAAAAAGGUGACUAGAACCAUCCUGGCUAUUCUCUUGGCAUUUAUCGUCACCUGGACCCCAUACAAUGUCAUGGUGCUCAUUAACACCUUCUGUUCAAUCUGUGUCCCCAACACAGUCUGGACUAUUGGAUACUGGCUCUGUUACAUCAACAGUACGAUCAACCCGGCCUGCUAUGCAUUGUGUAAUACUACCUUCAAGAAAACCUUCAGACACCUUCUCAUGUGUCAGUACAAAAACAUUGGUGCAACUAGAUAAAAACAGCCACAAGCACAACUUCAUGAACAUUUUACACAGUGACUUUCAUAUUAUACAUCCAGAAAAGUAUAUGUAUUGUGUUAAUUGUGUCAGAUUAUGAUCAAGUGGACUCUUAUAUAUAAUAUUAAAAGCACAUUUGAAUUAUAUUUAAUGAAAGUAUAAUGUCUGUUAUAAAUCAAGAGUGUACUGAUUAUUAGAAUGUAUUUACGAGCAAACUAAAAGAUAAAUUGCCCCAAAUGUAUCACAAAAUAUGUCAUCAAAAUAUUCAGUGGCAAGUUCUCACUUUUGUAACAUUACUUAACAUAAAAGGUAUUAAAGCUUUAUAUUAGUGUAAUAUAACAUUUUCAAUUUCUUCAAAUCAGGGUGGCAUGGUGGCUCAGUGGUUAGCACUGCAGCCUCACAGCGCCAGGGACCCAGGUUCGAUUUCCACCUGGGGUAACUGUCUGUGUGGAGUUUGCACAUUCUCCCCGUGUCUGCGUGGGUUUCCUCCGGGUGCUCUGGUUUCCUCCCAAGGUCGAAAGAUGUGCAGGCUAGGUGGAUCGGCCAUGCUAAA